AUUUUUUCCCGAGCUCGUGCCCAUUCGUUCGAGAGCGGGAACUCGUCCAUUCCAGCGAAAACUCGAAAACAGAGCAGAUGGCAGCCAACGACGCGGAGAAGAAGGUAGUGGAGGAAUCGCCAGCUGAGAAAGAGUGCGGCGCGGCAGAGGAUGUCGACAGGGAGCUCACGGCACCAUCGGGCUGGAGGAAAAAGUUGAUGCCCAAGAAAGGAGGAACGCCGCGCAGAAAUGAUGUAGUUUUUAUAUCACCUACUGGUGAGGAAAUAAAAAACAAGAGACAACUGGAUAUUUUCCUACGUUCGCACCCAGGAAAUCCACCGUCCUCUGAAUUUGACUGGGGAACAGGACAAACACCUAGGCGCUCAGCAAGAAUAAAUCAAAAGUCAAAGGCAACAGAAAACCCUGAAGGUGAAAAAUCAGGAAAACGAGGAAGAAAAGCAAGCUUCAAAAAAACAGAAAAUGAGAAAAAAGAUAUUGAUAGUGUGACUGAAGCUGCUGCAGCUCAGGAAGAUGCAAAAGUUGAAGCCAAAGAUGCAACAGUUGAAGACACAGGUGCAGCUAAUGAAAAAACGAAAGCAGCUGAAGAAGUUGAGGAAAAAUUCAAAGAAGAGGUUAUUUCUGCAGAAAAUGCAGUAAAAGAGGGAGCAGAAAAUAUUGAAGAGAAAACUGAAGAAUUAGAAGAAAGCAAUAAGGUUGACCCUGCUGAUACUGAAAUACUGCCUCCAGCUGCUGAUUCAGCUGAGAAAGAGAUCAAAGAUAGCAAGGUUCCAGAAGAUGGAACCCCCAAAAAUAAUGAUGCAGCAGUUCCUGAGGAUGCACCUGUCAACCUGGAUGAUGGCCAACAUCAGCCUGAGAUCUACCCAGAUAAUUGCUGAGCCUGUUCUAAUCUGUUUAUUUCUUAGUUUUAGUCUGAACAUAUAGUUGGUGAUGGUCGUUGAGAGUAUCCUGUUUGAAUCUUCUGAGGUGUAAUUUGGAAUAUAUUCUGAUACCAUUUAGCCUAUCAUGUGAACUCAAUAUUCUUGAAAUAUUUGUAUUUUGUUUUUACAGUAGUAUGUCACAGGUUUCGUGCAUGAGGCCAGACUUAAAUUCACUGGUAACUUUUCUAACUGCU